AUGGCUCAGCAACAGGUUUUCCAAAGGAAGAUACAGAAAGCUACGUCUUCAUUAGCAGGUAAAAAUAGAACGUUAGAAACUUCAGUCAUAUUCGAAGAUUUGAACCAAGCUACCACUAUACCUUUAAAACCAGCGAGUAAACUGUUUUCAUGGCACGAAAUCCCUGAAUGGCAAAGAGAUAAUGAGCAUAUUUUAGGCGGCUACGUAAAGGAGACGAAUAGUUUCAAGGAAACCCUUCAUAGUUUGCUGUACCUACAUAAUGAAUCGGUGAACAUCUAUACCCAUUUAAUACCUGGAGUAUGCUUCUUUUGUGUGUUGUUCCUGAACAAGUAUGUUAUAUCUCGGUUCAAAACUACUACCUGGAAAGACUAUGCUAUUAUUGACACUUUCUUUGUAGGUGCUUUUGCAUGUUUGGUGAUGAGUGGUACAUAUCACUGCUUAAAAUCUCAUUCAUACCCAGUGUCUAUCGUAGGGAACCAACUCGAUUACAUCGGGAUAGUCAUAUUAAUAUCGACUUCAAUGUUUUCGCUACUGUAUUAUGGUUUCUAUAAUAGCAGCAAGAUGUUUUAUGGAUUUUCAGGCGUUACUCUGCUACUUGGCACAAUUUGUACAGUUGUGACACUAGAUAGUAGGUUCAGAUCCCGACUUUGGAGACCAUAUAGAGCUUCAAUAUUUGUAGCAUUUGGUCUUUCAUCGAUACUACCGAUUCUUGCCAGCAUCCUAUAUUAUGGAAGCGAAGAAACUUGGAAUUCUGUGCAACUAGGCUGGAUUAUUUUAGAAGGAGUUCUUUACAUAUUUGGAGCAUUUAUAUAUGGCAUUCGUUUCCCAGAGAGCAUGGCCCCUGGCUCUUUUGACAUAUGGGGCCACUCUCAUCAAUUGUUCCAUGUCCUCGUUGUCAUUGCUGCGCUAUGCCAUUUUAAGGCAGUAACACAGAGCUACGAACUGGUUCAUUUCCGCUUAAACGAGGCAGUACAACUUAAAUUAUAA